UCUAUAAAAGUAAACUUGUAAGAUAAAUGAGAAUCACUCUAACUUAUAAAAAUGAGAAUCACCACACCAUAUCCGGUUGGUCGGUUCGACCCGGUUUUUAAACAUUAAUCCUACUAACUUUUCUUCAUCAAGGUCGAGUAUAUAGAUUUUACUUGUGCCUGAAAAUAAUCACCGAGUCAAAUCGGUGUAUCGGUGGUUCGGUUCGGCCAUUAUUUGAUUUCACCACCGCCAAAAUAUCUUCCGUUCUGAAGCAAAGAGCAACACCGAUGUCUUCGUCUCCUUCUUGUUCCGCUGCUGACAACAAUCUUAUGCGCAACCGAAUUCUCUCCACCAAACUCUACUUCGACGUCCCACUCUCCAAGCUUCCGCUUAUCUACUCCACCUCUUACGACAUUUCCUUUCUCGGCAUAGAGAAACUGCAUCCAUUUGAUUCGUCUAAAUGGGGAAGAAUUUGUAAUUUCCUUGUUUCUUUUGGUGUUCUGGAUAAAAAUCGUAUUGUUGAGCCUCUAGAAGCUUCUAAAGAUGACCUUCUUGUGGUACACUCAGAAUCAUACUUGAAUAGUCUGAAGGAAAGUUCGAAUGUUGCCAAGAUAAUCGAGGUCCCUCCUGUGGCAUUAUUUCCCAAUUGUCUUGUGCAACAUAAAGUUCUUUUCCCAUUUAGGAAACAGGUUGGAGGAACUAUAUUGGCUGCAAAACUGGCAAAGGAGAGAGGGUGGGCCAUUAAUGUGGGAGGAGGUUUUCAUCAUUGUUCUGCAGAAAAUGGCGGUGGAUUUUGUGCUUAUGCAGAUAUUUCUCUAUGCAUCCAGUUCGCUUUUGUUCAGUUGAAUAUAUCGAGGGUGAUGAUUAUUGAUCUUGAUGCACAUCAAGGAAAUGGUCAUGAAAUGGACUUCGCCGAUGAUAACCGAGUCUACAUUCUGGAUAUGUAUAACCCUGGUAUAUAUCCUUUGGAUUAUGAGGCAAGAAAUUACAUAAAUCAGAAAGUUGAAGUGAAGAGUGGGACUCGUACAGAAGAGUACCUGCUGAAAUUAGAUGAAGCACUUGAGGUUGCCGGGCGAAGGCUUGAACCUGAGUUGUUAGUUUAUAAUGCUGGAACUGACAUCCUAGAAGGCGACCCUUUAGGAAGGUUGAAGAUUAGUCCUGAUGGAAUUGCUCUUAGAGAUGAAAAAGUUUUUCGGUUUGCUCGUGAGAAGAACAUUCCUAUUGUCAUGCUCACUUCAGGUGGAUACAUGAAGUCCAGUGCUAGAGUCAUUGCAGAUUCAAUAGUCAAUCUCGAGAAGAAAUGCUUGAUAGAAACGAGUGGAGGUUCAAAGGAUGCUUAGCAGUGAUCCACAAAUUGCUGAGGUUUUUGUGUGAUUUAGUGACGUUGUAAGAGUUUCUGUUUGCACAUAUCAAUGGAAACAUCAAUGUAGUGUUUGGUAAAAAACAAGAGAUGAAAAUGUGUUUUACAUGUAUGAACUGUAAGUGUAACUGAUGUGUCUGUAAAUGCGAGUAUAUAUAUAAUGCAUAAAUGAGUUGUAUUUGCAUGUGAAACUUUAGAUACAUGGGCUCAUUGUAAAUCAUUCUAUACGUACCCACUUGAAUAUGGCAAGUGGCAAACUGAAGUGGAAGAUUAAUUGAUAUGGUAAAAGGUCUACAUCACAGAAAAUAAGCAAUAUGCUGGUUUGCUGGAAUGACCAUGUAUAACAAUAACAUUUCUGGACUUUGAUA